AUGUCUACUUUAGAAAUAACCCACAUUGAUUUGGAAAUCGGCCGCCGGAGCUCCGGCGGCGGCGCCGCUGAGGAGGAGGAGGAGGAGGUGGAAAGCGUUUGCUUUUCAGACGGCUCGUCAAAUUCCCAAUUUUACUCCACCAUUGACGGCGAUGGCUCGUACGAUGAUUAUAGCUUUGCCUGUGGGUCUGAGAUUUUGGAGGGUGGGGCUUUGGUGUCUCGAAAGGCCUCUUCUGUGGCCGACACGUGUGAAUCUGUGGAUUUAGAGUAUGGUGAGAAGAAAGAAAAUUUGGGGGAUUUAGAGAGAGAUUGCAGGAUUUGCCAUUUGAGUCUCAUUAGCAGCAGCCCAGGUUCUGGGGUGCCUAUUGAGUUGGGCUGUUCUUGUAAGGACGAUUUAGCUGCUGCCCACAAGCAUUGUGCCGAGGCUUGGUUCAAAAUCAAAGGAAAUAAUUAUUCUUGCUGGUUCUUGGAUGGAAAAUUUUUGAAUGCAGUAAAGCUAACUCGUAUGGAAGAUUGCUCCUAUCUGUUGGGAUUCUAUCAAUGGAGACAAGGGAAGAUUUCGGGAUUGGUGGAGUUUUCUCCCAUUGAAGAUCUAAUGGCUAAAGACAAUGCGCCCUCGGCUUUCGAGAAAGAACAGCUUUUGGGGAUGAUGGAGAAGGAGAUGGAGUAUAGGGUUGAUAUGUUUAACAAGCUUACGCACACGUGUUUCAACAAAUGUGUCGAGCACAAGUAUGUAUUACAGAAUGCAUGA